UGUCAUUCAGGUAUUAAAACAAUAAUAAAAAUGGAAAUAGAAAAUAAAGAAAUAACAGUAGAUUCUAUAGAAUCGUUAACUAAAGAAGCUGAAAUUCUUAAAAAGAAAUUGGAAGACGAAAGACAAAAAUUGAAUGACGUUACACUAGCUCAAAUUGCAGAACGACUGGAUAUUAUAAACUACAUGAACAUAAAACCGAGACGAACUUUAAAAGGGCAUCAAGCGAAAGUUUUGUGCUCGGAUUGGUCACCCGACAAAAGGCAUAUUGUUUCCUCUUCACAGGAUGGGAAAAUGAUCAUCUGGGAUGCUUUUACAACUAACAAAGAGCAUGCCGUUACAAUGCCGACGACAUGGGUAAUGGCAUGCGCUUAUGCACCUUCAGGGAAUUUGGUGGCUUGCGGUGGUUUAGAUAAUAAGGUGACUGUAUAUCCGUUGAGUCUUGAAGAAGACGUGUCGUUAAAGAAGAAGACUGUCGGUACGCACACCAGCUACAUGAGCUGUUGUAUUUUCCCAAAUUCUGAUCAACAGAUUCUGACGGGUAGCGGUGAUUCAACUUGCGCUCUAUGGGAUGUAGAAUCUGGGCAGUUGCUCCAAAGUUUCCAUGGUCAUUCAUCCGAUGUUAUGGCUAUCGAUUUAGCUCCCUCCGAAACCGGAAAUACUUUUGUAUCGGGGAGUUGCGAUAAAAUGGUUCUGAUUUGGGAUAUGCGAACCGGACAAUGUGUCCAAUCGUUCGAAGGGCAUGAAUCUGACGUCAACAGCGUUAAAUUUCAUCCGAGCGGUGACGCGGUGGGAACCGGUAGUGACGACGCGACUUGUCGUCUUUUUGAUCUAAGAGCCGACAAAGAAAUCGCCGUUUAUAGCAAGGAGAGUAUAAUUUUUGGGGCGAAUUCAGUCGAUUUUUCUGUAUCAGGUCGAUUAUUAUUCGCUGGAUACAACGAUUAUACAGUAAACGUUUGGGAUACUUUAAAAUGUGCCAGAGUAUGUUUACUUUACGGUCACGAAAAUAGGGUCUCAUGUUUGCAAGUUUCUCCUGACGGUACAGCCCUUUCAACCGGUUCCUGGGAUUAUACUCUAAGGGUAUGGGCUUAAACUGAAGCAUCUUGUGUUGUUCGAUACAAAAAUCAAUUGAAACGUUAACAAAUCUCUUUCAAAGCUUGGCAACAUUUUUCGAAAUUUGGUUCAUAUAAACAUAUUCUCAUUUUCCGCGUUAAUUCUGUGAUUAAACCUGGUAAUAUGGUUUCAGAUACUUUUUUCUAUUUCCCUGUAUAACUAAUUCAAUAAAUUAUUUAUUAGUUUUAAAA